AAUUUGUAUUGCUUCACCAUGUCGCUGCCUCUUAACCAAAUGCAGCGUGAUCAUCUGAAGCUGCUCCAGCGUCCGGACUUAUGCUUAGAGUUGUGCAAACACGCCUUCGACUACCUCAUCAAUGGCCCAAAUCCGGCUCGGUAUGAGGUGCUCGCAAAGAAAUAUGCAGUGGACGAAAGAAGUGUCCAAAUGGCAGUGGAAGCUUUGAUCUCUUUGCUAAUUAAUGUCACCAAAAAGGCGCAUGAAAUUGAUUUGGAGAUGUUGCGUCAAACCUUUCCCGAUCUGAGCGAAGAAGUUCUCGAAGUGCUUGUGCAAUUUGCGCAGAGCAAGCGCAACUUUGUGGAGAGUUCCAUAAAAUCGGCAAAUCUCCGUUCCUAUCGCCUUGUUAAUCUGGAUUGGCGACUGGAGGUGCGCAUUGCGUCUCGCAGCUUGCUGCAGCAAAGCAAUAUUGUUGUGACUAUGAAGCUGUACCUACAUAGAGAGCCCAAAAACGAAAACCGGGAACUGCUCGAAGUGGACACGACAGGACGCACACAGGAAGAACUGCGUGCUAUGGAACAGGACGAGCGACGGCAUCGCAAGGAUGUGCUAGUGCAAACGGAUGUCAACAGCUUAGUGCAUAUGAUCAAAGUUCUCGAGGAUGCCAUGAUGGAGUCUAAGACGCGACGCAUCAGAAAUAUUGUGGCAGCCAUACAUUAACCUUAAAUAAUUGAUUAAUUAAUUACUAAGUCACAACGUUUUAGGUGUAUGUUAUAAGCUGGACCAAUUUAUUACUAGUAAAACUAACUACAAACAUCUUAA